CCCCAACACGGAAACGUCAAGUUGCGAAAAGGCGAUAUCGGGAGUUACUAUUAUCAUGACUUUAAAUUGUCACCACACUGUCUAAACGCACGUCGUGCCCGCCCGUCCGCUCCGCAUGAGACACCAAAGGCUCUAUUUCGGAGGCGAUGGGUGCCCUCGGACGCCUGCUGCUAUGUCUUCUGCUGUACCAGGGAGGGAAAUUAUUUCAGGUAGAAACGGUCAGCUCAGUCACCCUUCCCGAGUCACUGCUGUUCAUUUCAACACUUGAUGGUAGUCUGCAUGCUGUCUCUAAGCAGUCAGGCGACAUCAAAUGGACCCUUAGAGAAGAACCAAUUAUACAAGUGGCUGAUUACCUCACAGAACUAGGAUUUCUCCCAGACCCUAAUGAUGGCAGUCUGUAUGUGCUGGGUGGGAAGCAUAAGGAAGGCCUGAUGAAACUACCUUUCACCAUACCAGAACUGGUCCUGUCAGCUCCCUGCAAGAGCUCUGAUGGCAUUCUCUAUACUGGUAAGAAGCAGGAUGUUUGGUUUGUAGUGGAUCCUCAAACAGGUGAAAAGCAGACACGUUUGACAACCUCCUCCUCUGACUCCAUCUGCCCCAACACUCCACUGCUCUACAUAGGACGAACAGAAUACAUGAUUACUAUGUUCGAUACCAAGACACAAGAGCUGCGAUGGAAUGCUACUUACAAUGACUACUCUGCUCCUCCGUACGAUGAAAAACAAGACUAUAAGAUGGCCCAUCUUGUGUCCAGUGGUGACGGUCUUGUUGUAACAGUAGACAGAGAGACAGGCGACGUUCUGUGGAGUCAGAACUAUGGGUCCCCCGUAGUGGGGGUCUACCUUUACUCCGGCGACACCCUGAGACAUGCCCCCCACCUGUCACUCGCCAUGGAAACGCUACGUUUCCUUACCUUUGCCUCAGCCAAUGACCAGGCAGACACACACUCCACCUUGAAAUGGAGCUACCAGUUUGUGAAGGAGCAGGCCACUGCUCACACAGAACUUGUUCCCACUCUGUACGUAGGCAAACUGGACUCCCACCUUUACGCGUCUACCUCACUGGUCCACCAUGGCGUCUCGCUGGUCCCUCGGGGGCUCACCCUGGCACGAAUAGAGGGUCCUAUGACUGCAGGAGUCACAGUCAGAGACAAGGGAGAGUGUGAGAUCACACCAUCGACUGAUGUGCGCUAUCCUCCGGGAAGCACCAACAGCUGGCAAAACCACUGGCUGCUCAUAGGUCAUCAUGAGCUUCCUCCAGUGGCUCACACCACCAUGCUGAGGGAGUUCCCAGAUAAUCUGCAGCGUUUCGGUGAUGCCGUUAUUCCCUCCCGAACGUCGGCCUCCGCUCCCUCUCUGGCCUCUCACUACCAUCAGCAGCACACUGCGACGGGUAGCCACAGUGAUAAUGAUGCUGACAAAGGGGGUGUGGGUGGAAGGAAGCAGCCAGGACCAAGGCCAUCUGCUGUGCUGCCUGUCUCCCUGUCUACAGAUCCACUUACCCUGGCUCUCCUGACUUUACUCCUGGGAGGAUGGCUGGCCUUUGUGCUCACAUAUCCUUCUCGGGCCGCCCAACAUCAAAAGACACAAAGGCAGCUGGAGGAAGUCUUAGAAUCCCGUCUCCAGAGAAUCCAGACACACAAGCAGACACAACCCACCGCCUCCACAGACACACAGCUCUCCACAGACACACAGCUCUCCACAGACACACACAUCUCUGGUGAAUCUCGGCCAGCAUCCACAGACCUUCCCCCUAUUCGUCACAGUGCUGGCAGCACAGACACGGAGAAACAUGGCUCAGCUGAGCAGGAAACCACAACAGAUGGGAGUAAAGAGGAGGUGCAAGUGGGGAAAAUCUCCUUCGCCCACUCCGAGGUGCUGGGACACGGCACGGCGGGGACGUUCGUCUUCAGGGGUCACUUCGAUGGACGUCACGUAGCGGUGAAGCGGAUCCUGCCGGAGUGUUUCGAGGUAGCAGAGCGUGAGGUGCAGCUGCUCCGAGAGUCCGACACGCACCCGAAUGUCAUCCGAUACUUCUGCACGGAGAGGGACCGCCUCUUCACAUAUAUCGCCAUAGAGCUAUGUACUGCAACGCUGCAACAGUAUGUGGAGGAUCCAUCAUGCUUCCCUGAACUAAAUGCUGUGUCUCUACUGGAGCAGACCAUGUUUGGCCUCUCUCACCUUCACUCCCUCAACAUAGUCCAUCGCGACCUGAAGCCAAGAAACAUCCUCCUAUCUUGUCCUGGUGCUCUGGGUCGGGUUCGAGCGCUCAUCUCUGACUUUGGACUCUGUAAAAAGAUCUUAGAUGGCCGCAGCAGCUUCUCUUUACGCUCUGGAAUACCUGGAACAGAAGGGUGGAUUGCCCCUGAGGUGCUGCGGGACAAACCUGGCAACAACCCGACUGCUGCAGUAGACGUAUUCUCAGCAGGCUGCAUAUUCUACUAUGUAGUCAGUAGGGGGCAGCACCCCUUCGGAGACACACUCAGACGACAGGUCAACAUCCUAGCAGGGGAGUACAUACUCUCACAUUUUAUGGAGGACGCACACGAUGACGUAAUAGCGCGGGACCUGAUUGAGCGAAUGAUUAGUGCUGAGCCAGAGUCCCGCCCCUCCACGUCCUGUGUGCUCAAACAUCCGUUCUUCUGGACCCCCGAGAAACAGCUGCUGUUUUUCCAGGAUGUGAGUGACCGAAUAGAGAAGGAACCAGGAGACAGUCCAAUUGUGGUCAGACUGGAGACUGCAGGGAGAGCUGUUGUUCGAACAAAUUGGAGAAUGCACAUCUCUGUUCCUUUACAGACAGAUCUGAGGCGGUUCAGGACAUAUAAAGGAAACUCGGUGAGGGACCUGCUGAGGGCCAUGAGGAAUAAGAAACAUCACUACCACGAGCUGCCGGCGGAGGUCCAGGAGACUCUGGGGGAGGUGCCCGAAGGCUUCGUCAGCUACUUCACCUCUCGCUUCCCGCGGUUGCUACUUCACACGCAUGCCGCUCUGCUCACCUGCGCACACGAGAGACUGUUCCACCCGUACUACCUGCCCCCCGCUGACAAGUAGCACACAUGCACAACCCGGCACAUGGUCGCUCAUACAAAUAAGCAGACGCGCCCACGGUUACGCCAUCCUAAUUCCUGUUUUUUAUUUGCAAUAACAGAAGACAUCCCAUGCAGUCCUCGCAUGUCUUGUUGUCAUUGGGCACUAAGCCAUGGUUUGCUAUGGCUCUAUGUCACUCAAGCUGCUUUUGGCAACGUUGGAGAAAUGAACAAGAAUUCGAAAAGUGAACAACAACAAAAUCCAUCCCCUCCCUCUCUGCGCCCUCUCUCCUGCAUAGAGAGAUUGGUUGUUCAAUUUGAAGCCCAUGAAGUUUUUGCCCAUAGCAAAUUAACUAUAGCAGCUAUCUUUAAAGUUGUUGUUGUUGUUGUUGACCCAUAUGAGGGCUACACAUCAUAGAAGUGACCGUUGCCAUUUAUUUAACCAUUCAUUGCAAACUUUUCAAUGGCUGCUUGCUACCAUUCAUCCUCUCCAAAUUCAAAGACCGUUCAACCACCCAAUGUUUUACUUUUAUUCUUAACUUAUUUGGGCCUACCGGAUGCAGUGUUUUCUCUGAUCCGCAACGCUUUGUGUGUGUGUGUGUGUGUGUGUGUGUGUGUGUGUGUGUGUGUGUGUGUGUGUGUGUGUGUGUGUGAGUGAGUGAGUGAGUGAGUGAGUGAGUGAGUGAGUGAGUGAGUGAGUGAGUGAGUGAGUGAGUGAGUGAAGCUAUGAAGGGGGUGUGUUACUGAUGAUAGUUUUAUUGCACUGAUUAGAAAUAUAUACUUAACCCCCCCCUUUUUUUUUACCAAAGGUUUUAAACAUUGAAAUUUGUAAGAAAAUGUGUUUGUCAUGAAAAGUUGCUGGAAAUAACCGUGCCAUUUAUAAUCAUCAUUUAUAAUCUGUGAUUCUUGCCAAUUAUUUUUUUAAAAAAUGAAACGCCAUCUUCUGAAAGGCCGUCUCAUCACGGAGACGGUUUCAGAGUCUGGGUCCUGUACGCCUUGGGAAAUGCCACUGCUGCUUCAUGCACUAUGGACUGGUGGCCUGACUGCUGUUGCUGUGAGAACUGGUUGUAGUCUGGUGCAUUACGUUGCUCUAGAAAGAGGAAAAACUGUAACUUUUGCACUUUUUUUUGGAAUAAAUUAAUAAAUUGAUCUUUUGAGUGU